AUGCUGAUUUCAAAAGGAAAUUUCGACCAAAAUCAAAGAAGUAGACCAAGGUUUUUCGGAAUCCAGGAUUAUGAUGAUAAUGAUGUUUUCCAAUCGAAUGAUGAUAACGGGAAUGGCGGUAGAUUUACGAAUACCUCUGCAACGGCAAGUGGUUACAUUAGUUGUUUUACGAAUAAUACUACUAAUGAUAAUGACACUCAAACAAUAUUUCAAUUUGAUGAAAUGUUUGGACAAGAUGUUGGUCAAUGUUGGGGUAGUAGUUUAUCUGACAGUCCUCCAUUAGGUCGUCCACGAAGAGCAAAUCCCAAACCGUUAACAGGUCGAUAUGAAGUUGAAUUUCCAGGUAUAUUCGUUGAAGGAUUUCGUGGAGGUCAUGUGAAAUUUAAUAUACCUGGAGUAUUACAGGGUUCUCUGAAACCUACCGACUCGAUGAUAGUGAAAAUCAACGUGCCAAGUCCUGAACAAUUCCAUCUAUCUGAAGUGUAUGGUCAGUCUUCAUUUAGGAAUUCUACACAAACAGAAGGAGUUUCUCAGAAUAGAGAAACUUCUACUGUAAGUACAAGUCGUUUUGCUACUUCGUGUUUCGAACAAACACAUCAGACAAUGUCGGAUCAUUGUAGCACUACAAUGCCUUAUACUUCAGAUAUACUUUCAAACCUCCGUUCUAAUAAUCCAAUUCCUAGUGAUUCAUAUCAGUUAAAUUCUACGGAUACUAAUAAAUCUGAUGCUCAUCUAUUACGUUGUGGUACUACUACUGAAUGUUCCACCAUUUCAUCAAAUCCUUGUUCUUCCAGUCGUUUCCCUAGUGUUUAUGAAAGAAUCUCCACAGAUUCCGGUCUACCAUCAAAUUAUUUAAUUCGUCCAGUAAUCUCUGGUCAUAGAAAGAUUGUUGAAGAAGACAACAAUAAUGACAGAGGUGGUUUUGAUAUUGGUGACGGAGAGCGAAAUCCAUUUAACUUUAGUAAUGAAAAUAAUCAGCUAUCUCGUUUCGGACAAUUCGGUACUUAGUGAAAGAUUAUUAUUAUUAGUAUUAUUACUUUUUGUCCAAUUAAAAUUUAUCUUAUAAACAAUGCAUUUUUUCCAAGUGUUAUUUUUUCUAUGUUGUAUACUUAAUGUACUGUUUAUGACUAUUAUUAUUAUUACUAUUAUUAAUAUUGUCAUCCUUCCUUACCCCGCUGAUUAUUGGUACCAGACCACUACACUUUUCAAUCACUACACACUAUUCUCAUCACCGUG